ACAUGCACGACGGUCAAAUUUAUUGAAACCUCAGCAUGCACUAAUUCGAGAGCACUCACUUUGGCUUUGCUGACCCUUAAUUGGCGUUUCCUGUAGCCUUUUAAUAGGUUUCAGAGCCUCAUCUGCUGGAUAUUUCACCACUCCUCCAUGUGGAACCUCUCUGUACAUCUGGGUUGCACUAUUUUCUUCAGCUCAUCUGGUCAUCUUUUUGCUGGAGACUGAGAUGGCCAGUAAAGAUUUUUCAUGCGGUCAUUGAGGUUUGCGGUUCUUAACUUUGUAAAGAAUGAGGUAUGCGGGCUUUAUAAAGCAAAAGGACUUUACAGUAGGACAGCAACCAAGCCUGAGCUUCCCAGGGGAGGGAAGAUUUUGGCGAAAGUAUUCUCACAACCUUCCGACAGGUUAGACUUCUGCUGCUAUGUUGAGCCUUGUCCAAUUCACAUUACCAAUCAGUGUGACUAUAAUAUUUCAGAGGCUUCAUGAAACUAUCAAAAUGGGUAAAAAAAGAAUAAAAUUGACAGCAUUGAUUUCUACUGUCAAGGCAUGUUUAAAUUUGAACUUUGUGUAUUUAGAAAUGUCGGCUGUGCUCGACGACGCUGCUCAGCAGUCACUCCGGGCGAGGUAGGUCUUCACUCCAGGGUGCUCUACUAGUGCGGCCAGCCCAUGCUCACCAGGAAAAGCAUGACUCUGCUCUUGCGCGAUGCUAUUGCUUCUCCCUUAGCUCACAGGGGUUGUGUAAGUGUGAGAUGGGGGAGAUUGGCGUUUGCUGCAAGCUCUUCGCACGAGGGAGUCUCGAACUCUUCUAGAUGCAUGCGGUGGCCGUGUUCAUCGAAUCCCGGAUGCUGGUUCCUUGGGCAUGCUUGCCUUUUAGUCUGACGGGGGUAAAAACAGACAGCUCAACUCCCUAGAGAGCUGUCUGCGAGAAGCAUUCAUUUAAAACAGGGGUUCCCCUGGGGUUCGCUGCCUGAGUCAUGGUUAUUGUGGAAAAUACUGCUGCCUAAUUCAUUACUACAGAUUGUGUCAGAAGAAGAGCAGCCAUUAAAAAUAGUGCUGCUGGAAUCCAGUUUGCUUAUUUCUGAUUACCCUGUCCUGGGGCAGUAGAUGUUACCGUUUGCCAUUGUGGGUGCCAAGAGAGGCCUGUUCGUCUAUCCUUUCAGAGCACUUAGCUGUACAGUGAGAGCUUCAUCCUACCACAGCUGCCUGGGAUUUCUCGCGAGCGGGGCCCGAGGACUACAAUCGGAAAGCUCUGCGUCUCUACCAUGCUCACCUUCCACAGACAGAGCCAGUGGUUAGACAGGGGGAGGGGAAAGGGGAGGAAUCGGAGCCCUCAAGUGCCGAGAGCGAGCGAGAGAGAGGCUGGGCGGACACUGUAACUUUUUUUUUUCCUCUGCUCCCCAGCGUGUGCAUGUUUAAACUGAGGAGGGUGUGUUUCCUUGUAGGCCUGCUUUCUCUCUCUCUCUCUGUAUUUCUGAGCCGGUUAUUCAUCCAGCCUGUGUGACUCAGGGAGGGUGGGGACACAGAGGGCUGCAGUACCAGUCGCACUUUGUCAGUUUGUUUCUCUCUCGCUUUUCUCGCUCUCUUUCUCCCUCUCUCCCUCGUUUUCCUCUCUCCCCGUCCUUUCCAGCUUGCCUCCAGCGAGCCGUGACUUGGAGGUCAGUCCGGUCCCCACACACGCUUGGCCUUGCCCAGCUGUACGGAGCGCAACGAGUCAAGAAACAGGUCCUUGAUUUUGACAGUCCCUUAGGAAAGACCGAAAACAGAAGUCAGGAUGCUAAUAGAACUGGGAACCAAAGCCAUUGAAAUGUACCAUGACUUCUUGAAGACAACCGAUUCCCGGGUGAAGAGCUACCCCCUGAUGCAGGGCGCCGUCCCGAUGACUCUCAUCCUGAUGGCCUACGUGCUCUUUGUCCUAUACGUGGGACCCCGCCUCAUGGCCAAGAGGAAACCAUUUCAGCUCAAGUGGCCCAUGAUCAUCUAUAACUUCUCGAUGGUCGCCCUGUCCUCCUACAUCGUCUAUGAGUUUCUGAUGUCUGGAUGGGCGACCACCUACACCUGGAGAUGUGACCUCUGCGAUUAUUCAGACAGCCCAGAAGCCCUCAGAAUGGUUCGAGUUGCCUGGUUGUUUUUUUUCUCUAAAUUUAUCGAGCUACUGGACACGGUGUUCUUCGUCCUGAGGAAGAAGCACAGCCAGAUCACCUUCCUCCACAUCUUCCACCACUCCGUCAUGCCCUGGACCUGGUGGUGGGGCGUCACCAUUGCGCCUGGAGGAAUGGGUUCAUUCCACGCCAUGGUAAACUCAGUUGUCCACGUCAUCAUGUACUUUUACUAUGGACUGUCUGCUGCUGGCCCCAGGUUCCAGAAGUACCUCUGGUGGAAAAAAUACAUGACAGCAAUCCAACUUGUCCAGUUCGUCAUGGUGUCCCUCCACGUCAGCCAGUACUACUUCAUGGAGACGUGCGACUACCAGGUCCCCCUCUUCAUCCACCUCAUCUGGAUGUACGGCACCUUCUUCUUCAUCCUCUUCUCCAAUUUCUGGUACCAGGCCUACGUGAAGGGCAAGAGGCUGCCCAAGGUGCUGGAGGCGGAGAAGGAGAAGCAGAACGGCGUGGAGCCCCUGGUGGCCAACGGCAAGCACGCGGAGAACGGGGUGGCGCACCGGGAGAACGGCACAGCCCACAACGGCAAGAUGAAGGAAGUCUAACGGACAACGGGGGGGGGGGCGGAACAAAAACACAAAAGCGCCAUGGAUUCCAAAGUACAUCUAUAUCAAAUGAAUAUUUUUUCCAGAUUACUUUUUUUACGCACAAGACGUGGGAGAUGAAAUGGCCGACGAACUCAAGGGGCGUUUUGUUUUUGUUGUUUUUUUUCCUCGUCUGGUCUCCGGACAGCGGCGGCUUGCGGCGAGCCACGUAUGAAGAAGAAGACCACCCACGCGCGUGUCGCCUUCACCGAUGUUACCUGCAAGCGAGCCCAGGGUCAAAACUGCCUGUGUUAGCCAACCAGGGCACCCCCCACCUCCUCCCGUUCCUCCUUAGGGCAGGCAUGACACCCCGCCCCCGCAGCCUGAGAGACAGCGGGCUUCCUCUAGCGCAGCGGUGUACAGCUCCCCUUCGGACACGUGAAGCCGAUUGUAAAUAACCUGCAAGGGCCAAAACCAUGGGGGUCUUUGCGUCUCAGACACAAAUUCCCGUGCUGUUCUGUCAAUUAAAGACGACAGGCACUAUUAAAAUAAUUGAAAAGGUCAGUGGAAAAACACAGGCUGGCUUGUGGCCGUUUAGCCCCCCUCUCCCUUUUGUCCCCGCGCGGAUGGUCCGUCGUCGUUUUUGUUUUCGGAAGACCUCGGGGCCGUGCUGUUCCCAGUAAGGCCCAGGCAGCCACCCCAACCCUCUCCUCGGCCGGUGUUCUAUCGCCGCCUUUUGCUUGCUGUAGGGCAGCCGAGCCGGGACCCGGGAGAAGCUUCACGGAGGUACAAUAGGCCGCAGUGGCCUCCCCCACGGGCAGUUUUGACCCCUAGCUUCCUUUCGGCAGGUGGAAAGGUGGUCGCGGAUCUAUGUAGGAUUGAGAUAUAAAAGCAUUAGGAGAGAGAAGGAGCGAAAUUUGGGGGGAAAUGGUUGUUUUUUGUAUUUUGUUUUUUAAAAGAAAGAAUCCUAUUUAUAAGUUUGUAUGAUUCCUAACUGUUAUAGUGUUGCACUUCCUUCCUUAGGCAGGUGGGGGGGAGGGAACAGGCAAGAGCUACAGUUUGAUGAAAAUGCCCCCUUUUUCCUUUUCCAGCUCGAUCUAGUCAGGUCCUUUGUCUUUCAAUGAUGCGUAGCUCCAAGGACCAAACGACAAACAAAACAAAAUAAAAAAAAAAUAUAUACAAAAAGUGGGUUGGGAGGAGCUGAAAUCGUACUGUAAUGGCCGAAUCAUCAUUUCAGCAGCAGGGAAGAGUGAAGACCACAAAGGUGAAAGAAUCAGUUUGCAACAAUAUUUAUGGAUAGGGCAACAUUUGUGAGAGAACAACACGCAUGUAAAGAUAAUCAUAGUCUGGGACAUGCGUUAUCCCAAUAUCCUUUACAAAUUCACUCCACUUGGGAAUGUCACAUAUUGCUUUGUUCAGCCAGUACCAUUAAGCUUAACACACAUCAGAGGGGGUAAAAAAAGAGUGCUUCAGUUGGCUGUCUUAACUUAAAGGGUUAUUAUUAGCUGUUGGUUUUGGCAGCUCAGAACUUGCAUGUCUAGAAACAGUGACAAUCCUUGCUGUGGUCUCUAUUCCUUCCUCCUUGGGACAAUUUCUACAGGAAGGCUGGUGCAGGGUAGCAAGCUGUUUCCCCAGUAGUCUUUUUUUAGUCUUAGACUGAAAUAGCUGUCCUGGGAGAAGCCCUGUUUAACCCUCACCGCCCAGUCCUUCGAGUAGCUCAUGGAUAGGUACAGGUUAGGGGCCUCUUCCAGACAACCCAGCUCCUUCCCAUGUAAGUGGUUUCAAUAAAAGCUGGGGCUCUCCAACUUGACCACUCCUAAA